GUUUUGUUUUGGUUGCUCAUUGCGCGAGAAGUCAUAGGGUGCAACACAGUAGAAGAAAAUUGAUUGCGAUAUAGUAGUACAUUGGUUCUCACUUCAUUAGAACAUUCGAGGACGUCGCGCAGCUGCACCCAUGCUGUAACCAUAACAGAUAGAUAUCGCAGCUACUACUUGCCCUCAACCCGUAAUUUGUAGAUAAACCUGAGUGAUGUGUGAGUGCCCACCAAAGAAGAAGUUGCGGCAGUCAACGUUAAUGGACAUGUUCACACCAUCGACAAGUAAAAAGACUAGAGACAGGAUGGACAACCCACCCACACCCCCGAUUACCACAGAGUCCGAGCCUGAAUCGCAAAAUAUAGAGUCUAGCAUUGAGCUCAUGAAACUGGGCUCAGGCUCAUCCCAGAACAGUAUGGAAGAGAACAUUGAGAUGAUGGACACUGACACCAACAUAGAGGAUUCAGAAGAAGAUAACAAAGGAGCCGGAGACCUAACAAAGAGAGGAAACGAUGAAUCACGAGAGGAGGAGGAAAAGAAUGGUUCAACACGUGAGAAGAAGUUAGGGCAAAGAUCUUCUGAAUACACUGACCAUCCAGGAGUGUCUGGGCUCGCGGAGGGUUCCUCUAAGAAGAAAAAGAGGUACUCUGGUGAGAAUCAUAAUGACGACGACUCUGACAUGCUAACUGUGAGAGGUGAAGAGAGGCGGAUGCAAGCUGCAAGUCCAAGAGGAAAAAGUAAUGCAAAAGGUUCAACACCAAAGAAAAGCCUCAAGAAACACACACCAAAAAAGACACCAGGGAAAUCUCCAGCCAAGGACCGAGAACAUCGGAAAUCAAGCGGAGAAGCGACAGAACGGCGCAGGAUCCUAGCAGAGGCAGCAGAACGCAGAAUGGGUGGCAGAAGCAAUCCUUCCCCAGAACCAAAUGAAGCAGACUUUGCCUGUUCUCCUGACAUGUUCGACGACGAGUUUGAGGAUGAAUUGCAGCAGGCAGAGGAGAGUGGGGUAACAUGGAGAGGUACUCCAGUAUCGAGUUUGCCUUUCAUUAGUACCGCCAACCUCAACAUUCCCCCAGUAUUUGUUGCACCGAAUCACACAGUCCUAGUGCAGCUGCCAGUGACCCCAGAUGUGUGUCCUGCUCCUCAGCCUCCUACAUACUCAGAUAUCUGGGAUCAGUUUCACGUCAGAAUGCCAUGUUCUCCAAAGAGCUUAUAUCCUCUAGGCAAGGGAAGUGACACAGUUAUUCCUCGAUGGUCAAUUAUUUGCAAGUCUCUCUCAAGAAAAAUGGAAUGUGUUGAAGACUUACAGAGAGCCAUUCUGGAGUACAACAGCAGAUAUGCUGCCAAAUGGAAGUUCAGAGGUCUUCAGAUGUUGUUGGAAGAGGAGUUUGAAGAGGAAGAACAGGAAUUCUUUUUCCAAAACACUUUACCUGCAAUGGUCCGGUUAGCCCUCAACUUGCCCAAAAUUGUUACCCAACCUCCACCCCUUCUCACCAGCCAAACAACACACAGCAUCACAUUGUCCCAAUUACAGAUUGCUUCACUUCUUGCCAAUGCCUUUUUCUGUACAUUCCCACGAAGAAAUGCCAAAGGAAGCGAGACGGAAUAUGCCUCCUAUCCAGACAUCAAUUUCAACAGAUUGUUUUAUCCCCGAGAGAAGAGAUCGAUGGAGAAAAUUAAAUGCUUGAUAAAUUAUUUUAGAAGAGUCACAAGUAAAGAACCAGUUGGUACAGUGACGUUUACCAGGCAGUAUAUCAACCCCCAAAAUAUGCCGUCGUGGGAGACCUGUUCCAAGCCGCUACCAAAGCUCCAUGUAGACACCAAAGGACUAAUAGAAGAGCAGAUGGGACUUCUUCAGGUUGAUUUUGCAAACAAGUAUGUUGGCGGUGGUGUCCUUAGCCUAGGUUGUGUACAGGAAGAAAUACGCUUUGUGCUGUCUCCGGAAUUGAUCGUAUCAAGACUCUUCACACAAGUUCUGGACAAAACUGAGGCCCUCAUUGUAAUAGGUGCGGAGCAGUUCAACAAAGGUGUUGGAUACGCAUCUAACUUCCGCUGGGCAGGAUCGCACAAGGACACUACACCUCGGGAUCCUUGGGGGCGCAGAAUGUGUCAGGUCACAGCCAUAGACGCCCUUCACUUCACAAAGCAACCUAAAAUUCAGUACAGGCCGAACUUCAUUCUAAGGGAAUUGAAUAAGGCCUAUGCAGGAUUUCAGGUAAUGGAGGGAAGUUCAGGCACCCCUGUAGCAGUCGCAACAGGGAACUGGGGUUGUGGUGCUUUUAAAGGCGAUUCGAGGUUGAAGUCACUUAUUCAGCUGGCUGUAUGUGGCUACAUUGGCAGAGAUGUCGCCUAUUUUACAUUCGGGGAUCAGAAACUGAGGAACGACCUAUCCACAAUGCACAUCUUCCUUACAGAGAAUAAUGUCACAGUCGGUGAAUUAGUGCAGGUGUUAAACCAUCAUGGUUUAAGAGAUUGGGUCGAUGGUUCUGACCUGUCUCACUAUAUCUACCAUAACCUAGGUGCUUAUGAUUCAGAAACUGAUAAUGAUACUGAGGAAUCUAAGGGACCAAGUAGAGAACCCAACAAUAAGAAUUUAAUAAGCCACGGAAGCUCCUACACCACCACCUCCUCCUCCUCCUCCACCUACUGCACUGCACGCAAAACUGCCAGGAGCAUCACAGAUUAUUUCAGCAAGUCCUCCUCAUCAGUUAUGAAUAAGAAUCACCCGCUAAAUGCCAAGCAUCAGUCAUCAUCAUCAUCAGCAACAGCAGCAGCUCUCCUCAGCAAGGGUCCCAGUGGCUCCUCAUCCCUCACUGAGGAGAAGAUCCUGCAGGUUCUAAACGAGUGCGAUCGGCUGGUCGAGGGCCAGAGGUCAAAGGGCCAGCAGGGCAGUCCAAGCACUGUUAAUCUAGACAAUAGAAAAGGUGGUCACAGUUCAAGCAGUUUGAUAGAAAACGUAAAGGGUGAAUUGAGGAAGAUACAGGACGCUGAGGGGAAUGACAUUUCCUCGGAAGCUUGCGAGUCGAGUAAGCUCCUUUCCUAUUUAGAUGAUAUAGAUAAAUGCCUAGCAUCAUAGGCACCAUGCUUUCUUAUGUUAUGCUUGUUACUCAUUGCCAUUUUCUUUAUUUUCUUUUCUUUUUUUUCUUUUUUUCAUGGAUAGGAAAAGGUGAACCAGAUGAAGAGUAGAAAAAGGAGUAUGCUGUACAACAGUGGUUAUUGUAUAUAGUUAGUAGAAUGAAUAAAUAAGUGAAUGAACAAGAAUAGUUGUGGAUUCCAGUACAAAGGAGAAAGUUGAGUAGCACUGCAUUAAAGCUGAUGUUUAUUUAUGUAUAUCUUUUUUAGGGUCAGAUUAUGUAUUAUUCUGUUAUUUGUAUUUUGGGAUAAUAUGCAUUAUUUUUGUUGUGCACAUUUUAAGGGACACUAGAUACUCUUUUGCAGUGAUAAGUAGAGGUACUUAUAUAUUUGACUUUUAUUUUUAUAUUAUUUUAAAAGAGAUUUGAUUUUUUUUAUUAGAUACCUACCAGAGUAAAUAAACAAUGUAUAAUUAAA